GAAUUUCAAGCAUUUUCUCUCGAUUGUUCCCAUCACCAGAUAUCGUUCAUCGUUGCAGUUGCAGCUUUGAAGUUUGAAUAAUGUUAAUUGUUGAUAGAAGAAUAGAAGAUUUUAAGAUUCUGUGUCUUGCCGCUGUUUCUGCGAUUAUUACUUAAUACUUAUUAGUUCAGUGAUUUGUGAAUUUUAGGGAGUAACGUAAGAUAACAUAAAGUAAACUUAAUAAUCAAUAGAACUUAUAGAACAUAAUUAUUAUACAUUGUAUUAAUUAAUAAUAAAAAUAAAAAGUGUGUCCGUGUCAAACAUGAGUUUCAAUUUCGGGACACCCAAAACCACAAAUCAGCCUUCAAUGUUUACGAUGACUGCACCUGCCCCUUCGUGGGGAUCAACUCAAGCUCCAGCUGGUUUUUCCUUAGGGAGUAAUGCCCAACCAACUUCUACUGGUUUCUCAUUAGGUGGUACCACACAAGCAACAACUGGUUUUUCAUUAGGUAGUACCACACAAGCAUCAACUGGUUUCUCGUUGGGUGUUACAAACCCACCAUCUAGUGGCUUCUCUUUGGGAACAACUUCAGCAACUACUGGAUUCUCAUUAGCUACAACUCAAGCAUCUAAUGCUUUCUCAUUGGGCACAAAUCAAACAUCAACUGCUUUCUCUUUGGGUGCAACUCCAACUGUUUCUACUGGUUUCUCAUUAGCUAGUACCACCCAAGCAUCUGCUGGUUUCUCAAUGGGUACCACACAAGCAUCUACUGGUUUUUCAUUGACCACUACUCAAGCAUCUGCUGCCUUACCACUGGCUACAGCUCAAGUAUCAAAUGCUUUCUCAUUGGGGACAGCCCAAGCAUCUACUGCUUUCUCUUUGGGUACAACUCCAGCAGUUUCUACCAGUUUCUCAUUAGCUGGUACCACUCAAGCAUCUACUGGUUUCUCAAUGGGUACCACACAAGCAUCUACUGGUUUUUCAUUGACCACAACUCAAGCUUCUACUGGGUUCUCAUUAGCCACAACAAAAGCAUCAACAGGUUUCUCUUUGGGUACAUCUACAGCAGUUCCUACUGGUUUCUCAUUAGGUACAACAAGCAAUACUGGAUUUUCAUUGAGCUCUUCUGGAACAACCACAGCCCAAGCUACUACAAUACAAACAACUGCAGCAAUUACUGCACAAGCUCCUCCUGUUACAUCUCAAUCAGAUAGUCAAUCCAGUGCAGUUCAACCGACUAAUUUCCAACAGCUUAUUGAUUUAAUUAAUAACUGGACUGUCAGUUUAGAAAAUCAAGAAAAACAAUUUCUUAAUCAAGCAAAUGAAAUAACUGUUUGGGAUAAUAUGUUAACAAAUCAAUCUACUAAAUUGGUAAAACUGUAUGAUAUUCUGGAGCAAAAAGAAAAAGAACAGGUGGAUAUUGAAAAUGAACUUGACUUCUUGUUAUCCCAACAAAAAGAACUCGAAGAUUGUUUAGUUCCACUAGAACAAGAAUUACAAUCUGCUGAAGUAUUAAGUAGCUUGAAUAAUGAAAGAGAACCAAUAUAUAAAGCUGCUCAAGAAAUCGAUAACCAAGUAAAACAAAUGUCUGGAGAUAUAAAAGAAAUAGUAAACAAUUUAAACAAAGCCAACUCCAAAAAAGAUUCUGAUGAUGAUUUGGAUACUAUUUGUCGAAUAUUAAAUUGUCAUAUGACAGCAUUACAGUACAUAGAGCACAAUGCAGAAAAUUUAAGUUCAAUGGUAUCUGAAGUGAAUGAAGAACAUUCCCGCUUCUUAACAGCUGCUAAUGAUAAUUCUUUUAUGUCUUUUAGAAAAUAAAUAAUAAUAUUAUAAAAUCGAUGUGAUAUUUUAAUGAAAUAUUGCUUCAGUAAAUUAUCUUAAUACAUUGUUAUGUGUAAUCGUUAAACAGUAAAAUAUUAUGUAAAAUAUGAAAGGAUAUAAACAUGUAUUAAAUAAACAUGAAAUGUGUGUUUGUAAUAACUAAUAAAAAAGUGGCAAGUUAUCAUUUGUACUAUUAGUAUUUCGUAUAAUAUAAA